UGCGGUCUGAUCUCAGUUCAUCCCUCUCCUUCCCAGGCCCUAGGGAUCUUUGAUAUAUAGCGAGAACAUUCGCUGGCACCCUAAUCCGCAGUAGAUCGGGAGCUCAAGGAUCGCCGAACUGGAAAGAAACGGCAAGAUUUACCUCAUCUCUGUCCCUUGUUCGCACUCCAAUGAUUGACCGACCAGUGACCAAGGAGGGUUCAACGUUCAACGAUGGCACAAGAAAUUUCUGCUCUGGGUCCUAUAGAUCCAGCAUCGAUCGCGCGACCGAACGACGCGGCUGAAGAUGAGAAAGAGGCCCCGUGGAUAGUUCGGAAAUUGAUUGGGUCCGUAACUGGAAGAAUCGUCAUGUCUUCCUAUGAAUCGCUUCGAGCCAUGGGGACCAGUGUGGUUUGUCUGUCACCUUGGGGAGACUCAUCGCCCCUCCUGCUGCCAUGUAUCCGGUUCCGCGAUCUUGCUGUACACACAGUUAUAGUGGCAACGGGCGGCAUGGCAGCAGUGGCGGCCCCUGUGAUGGCUCCGAUUUCCGAAGUAGCUGUGGCCACCUUUGGAAGUACCAUCCUCGUUCAACUGGGUCUCAGAGGCGGGUUCAGCCUUGCUACCAAGGGAGCCAAUGACCUUCUUAUCAGCAAACCUAUCAACAAACUCAUUCCCAUUCAUUCCGAUGUUUUGGAGACGACUGGAGUCAAGAUCUUGACCAUUACUCUGAAGUUCAAGUUGGCGAUGGAGGAUGCGGCGUUGGGGUUCUAUCGAGGGUCUGCGCAUGAGGACACGUCCUUAUUCUCCUCCGUCAUGGACUACAUCUCUGUCGAAAAAGGGUGGUUCUCGCCCUACCUCUUCGCGAGUGCACGUAGACCUGUCAUUCCUCGAUCUAUGAAACCCGAUGUGAUAUUCUGUCAUGGACCUUUCCUCUCCGGCGAUUAUUCGAUCGGAGAAACUCUUCUCAAAGAAUCAGCCUCCGUCAUUCAUUUGUGUGACCCACCUAAACCGGCGGUUGAAGAGAAAGAAAAGGAGGAUGAAAGCUUUUUGGACAAGCUCAAGAUCCCUGCCUUGUCUAACCUCUUCGAUCGCUCCCGCACGCCUUCCCCCGAACCUGCUCUCGCACCCGUCCCUCCUCCACCUGUCCCCCGCCGGAUGGUCAUUGUAGUCGUCGGGCUCAAACCUUUCCGCUCGAUGUGGUCUUCCUCCAAGCGCCCUGAGGAGAGCGUGAUCAAGUAUAUCUUGGUAAAUGGUUGCCCAUCGAUUGUUGUUCCAGUCAAAGUGGGUGCGCCGCUCCUUGCGUGGGAUACGAUGACGCUCGAGAAGCUUUGGGAUAUCUCGUUGCCUGUUGAGGGGGAGGAAAAGAGUGCGGAUGGGAAGUUUGAGGGUGUGGUUGAUACCCUGUGCGAGUAUUUGGAUCUAUGUGUUGAUUGGGAUAGGGUUAGGGUGCCUGAGAGUACUGAAGGAACGGAGUCGGACGGAGAGAUUGAGGUCGUUGUGUCGGCUGAGGGGGGCGAAGACGCAAAGGGGACUAAGGGAGAUGGCAAGAGUGGGCUAGAGCCGCAAGUACAACUUAAAGAUGCGACGUUGGAGGAAGCGAAGGAGGCGUUGAAGGAUGCUAUCACCCUUCUUGUCGCGGGCGCUGUUCGCACGAAAGAUAGUGCCGAGGUGAAGGAAGAGAUCGACGAGGAUCGAAGUGGGAUUGCGAUGUGGAGGAUUCCUUAG